AUGCUGAAGCGACGAGCAGACCACUCACCAAGUGGUACACUAGAGCCAACGAGCUCUCUUGAUGCCUACUUCUCGUCGACACUGGCCAAGAAUAGUACUCAGGUCUCCCUUGCAGAGGUUGUAGGCGAAGUAACGCACGCUAUCAUCAUCCCGAACUAUAAAGAAGACAUCGGAACUCUGCGAGAGACGCUCAACGUCCUUGCUAGUCACCCCCGGGCUCGAUCACGAUAUGAGGUCUACCUGGCCAUGGAAGAAAAGGAAGUCGGGGCCGCUGAAAAGGCCGAGAGACUGGUAUCUUUAUACAAGAGGUCCUUCGCCCUAGUUCAAGCAACCUUGCACCCACCCGGCCUACCAUCCGAGAUAGUGGGAAAGAGCUCCAAUGUCGCCUUCGCUGCACGUCACAUCGGCCAGGUUCAUCAAGCCGAACUCGAAUCCGGCAGUUGCAACGUGAUCAUCACCGUGAUGGAUGCCGACACAAACCUUUGGCAAGACUACUUCACUGAGAUCCGCCGUCUUCACUACUUCCACCACAGCACUUCCGAGCAAGCCCUCUACUCUUGUCCCAUUAUCUUCGACCGCAACUCCAACGACAGUCCUCUCUUGGUCCGCUGCGCCGAUCUUCUCUGGAGCUUUGCCGGCCUUUCGACCAUGUACCCAGGCUCCAAAGUCUCAAUCCCAACGUCCGUCUAUUCGCUCUCGCUGACCCUCGCAUCCACCGUUGGCGGCUGGGACAGCGACCCGACUUCUAUCGGUGAGGACUUGCACAUGAUGCUCAAGUGCUACUUUAAGACUAAUGGCAACCUUGUAUCGCGGGUGAUCCAUGCCCCGGCCAGCCAAUGCAAUGUCUCCAGCCAUAUUACAAGACCGGGGCUACGUCGGGAUUUGGAUACUUGUAUCGCGCGGUACCGGCAAGCCCUGCGGCAUAUGUGGGGAGCCCUGGACUCGGGGUUCGCGGCUAGAUACACAUUUCGCUCAGCACGAUUCAGUUGGCAUUGCCUAAUUCUCAGAUCAAGACAUCUGUCCCUCAUGCAUCUUCUCUGGGAAGCGCAUUUCCUUCCUUGUCACUUCACAAUCCUCCUUAUCUUCUCCAUGGUCUUUGGACAAGCGACACUGUAUACCUCCACCCCUCUCCCUCCUGCUAUAACAUACACAUUCACCAUCACGGCCUGGAUACGAGCACUAUCUUUCAUCUGCAUGAACAUCUGCAUCUCGCUGUACAACCGUUGGUACAAGCUCUGCCUUGAGACGCGCAAACAAGACACCCUGCUCGGCAGCAACCUUGGUCCUUGGUCUGAACCUGAGUUCCGAGAAGGGGGCUUUGGAUUCUCAGACCGUGCGCCCUGGUACCGCCUCACAUUUCUUCUGGAGCGGGUUGCUUUCCCCAUUGCGGGCACCGUGUUUGGGGCCGUCCCAACGAUGCAUGCCGUGUUUAUGCAUUUCUGGACGGACCGACUCGUAUAUCACGUUAGCAAGAAGCCAGCUUUUGGGGCGGUGAUGGUUUAG